UGUCUCAAUCUGUGAUACAGUGGUGUUCAGAAUUUGUUGCAGAACCUCUCUUAAAAUUAAUCCAGAGAGAAAACCUUAGGUAAAUAUAUUAUUUUCAAUAAAAAAAAAAAAUGCAGAAAUAUGAGAAACUGGAGAAGAUCGGUGAAGGUACCUACGGAACAGUCUUCAAAGCCAAAAACAGAGAAACCCAUGAAAUUGUAGCCCUCAAAAGAGUACGUCUAGACGAUGACGAUGAGGGAGUACCAAGCUCUGCACUGCGAGAAAUCUGUCUUUUGAAAGAACUAAAACAUAAAAAUAUAGUUAGAUUGCAUGAUGUACUCCACAGUGAAAAGAAGUUAACCUUAGUGUUUGAAUACUGUGAUCAGGAUUUGAAGAAAUAUUUUGAUAGCUGCAAUGGGGACCUAGACCCUGAAAUAGUAAAGUCCUUCAUGUACCAGUUGCUAAAAGGUUUGGCUUUUUGUCAUAGCCGGAAUGUGCUGCAUAGAGACCUCAAGCCUCAGAAUCUUCUUAUUAACAGGAAUGGCGAGCUCAAACUAGCUGAUUUUGGAUUGGCUCGUGCGUUUGGAAUACCUGUCCGAUGUUACUCAGCUGAGGUUGUCACGUUAUGGUACAGGCCUCCAGAUGUGCUGUUUGGUGCCAAGCUGUAUUCCACCUCGAUUGAUAUGUGGUCAGCAGGGUGUAUAUUUGCAGAGUUAGCUAAUGCUGGAAGGCCGUUGUUUCCAGGAAAUGAUGUGGACGAUCAGUUGAAGAGGAUUUUCAGAUUGUUGGGGACACCAACUGAGGAGCAGUGGCCCACCAUGACCAAACUUCCAGACUACAAGCCCUACCCCAUGUAUCCAGCAACAACCUCACUGGUGAAUGUUGUUCCGAAACUGAGUGCGACAGGACGGGAUCUGCUACAGAAUCUACUGAAGUGUAACCCAGUCCAGCGGAUCUCAGCAGAGGACGCCUUGCAGCACCCGUACUUCGCAGAUUUCUGUCCUCCAUAAACAGUUACCCAGCCCCAGUAACAAAACCUAGUUUGACCUCCUGCAUCGAACUGGCUUAAUUUCAGUUUUUAAUACAGGACCCAUCCAUCACCGAUGAAACCUGCAAGGAACCAGGAGCUCCGGCUGUCUUAUACUGCCUGACGCAACACAGCCUUGUAGAUGAACAACUCUUUUGCUUUCUUUUUGACUCCAGCACAUGCACGUUUUCAGACUUAAUUUACAGUCACGCAGAUACACACACGGGCCCAUGCAUGCCUAUAAGAAAUUUUAACAAUGUGGUUUGUUCUACUGUUUUGGACAGUGCCCUCCUUUCAGAUGAACUCCAUUACACAUUUGCACUUUGCAUUUUUUCUUUUGACUAGGGAUAAGAUAACAUUAUAAUGCUCACAGAGACUGUGUGAAAAUAAGUGGGAAUGUUUCUCAGUGGUCUGAUGAGUUUGGGUGACAUUUAAUUCCCAGAUUGUCAAUUUUUUUUUUUACUGUGAAGUUACAUGAGUUAAAUGUUUUGACAUUAACAUGACCAGUUGCUGCGAAUAUCAGGCUUUAAAUCUCAUUCCCCACAAUUUCCACAAAUGUCUUUCAUUAAGUAACCACUAUCCAUGUUGAUCUGGGGUACAAUUUGAUAUACCUAAAGCAAGAAAGUACUGUACUGGCUUCUUUGGUUCAUCAUAUCGUACGGCAACCAUGCUCCCCUUUAAUGAGCGGUGAAAUCCAGAAAUCAUCGUGAACCGAGAAAGGGGCCAAAAGCAGACAGGAGCUGCAGCUGAUGCAUUUAUUAUGUAUUGCCUGACUCGCAAUGACUGUGUGUUUUAAGAUCUUGUCUGUCCUAUUGUAAGUGACUCUGCAUGUAAUAUACAGUUCACAGCCUACCUCUGUAAAGUGCUUUGUGAUCGUGGUCCACUAUGAAAGGCGCUAUUUAAAAAUAGAUUAUGUUAUUAUUGUACAAGUAGCUCAUUUGAACUCUGCUGUUGUUGAUACUGAACAUCUCUUGCAGUAGUUGAAAUAUUAGAAAGGAUAGAUUUAAAUAUAUUGCUGUUAUUUAUUAACAAUGUUCUCCUGCUUAGGAGUUUAAUUAUUUAGUGCAGUUGUUUCAAGUUUUCCUCGCUACUCUGAUUUUUAUUAAACAAAUAAAGAUGGUGGAUUCUAUUCUGCACUUUAGACUGUUUGACAUUCAUUCAUGAAGGAUCAUCUAUCAUUUACUUCUGUUGCCGGUUGUUGGGAGCGAAGCUUACAGUAAAUUAAGUGACUGACAAAGAUUACAUGAUCCUCUGGGUUGUUGUCCAAGUUUUUGUUUCACCCAGUUCAUUGACAUGUUUUUAUCACUAGUAAUAAGCAAACAAAAGAUCUGUACAUUGCAACACAGAGCUCCUAAAACAUCUCUGUCAGCUGCUCACCUCCAACCUUGUAAAAGCAUUAUAAAGAGGUGUGGUAAAGUAUAUAAAAAUACAACAUGUCAUACCAGAGUAAACUACAGUAAGUGCGUUGUAUAAGCAUGGAAAAGUGCAGAAAUAAUUGACCUUUUUUUUUUGGGGAGGGGGGGGUCAUCUUUGGGAUAUGCCACCGCUUGAUUUUUUGGAGCAUUUUAUAGCACUGUAAUCCACUUAUUUGUGAUUAUUCAUUGUGAUUAAAAUAAAGGGUUGAUGCAAUCCACAUAGAUUCCUUGGUACAAUAACAUGCUAUAAAAAAUCAAGCUGUGACUUCUCCCCAAAACAGGAAUGAUUAUUUAAAAUGUUAACACUGCAUAAAACGCUGCAUAUUGAUCGCCUUCUCAUUAUAAUGUAACUAGUAUUGUAUAGAGAUGCAUAUUCUGAGCCAGCAUUGCAAGGGAGUCCCAGGAUUUUGUUUUGGUAUGUGAAAUAAAAUCUCAAAAUGUU